UUCUCACCCUGGCCAUGGACUCAGCCCGGCUCAGGCUUAGCACUGUCCCAUGUUUGGGAUUACACCCCCCUUACCACCCUCCCAGCCCCGUCUGGCGACCCCAGUGAGGGGUCAGUGAGAACAAGGGAGCCGUGUAGAGAGGGCCACUUGCUGGAGUUAUUAACAUGUUGUUAACAUAGUCUUAACCUAAUCCACUGGGGAUGACUGACUGUCGCCUAUAUCUCUGAACCUUAAUACAACUGUUAUGCAACUUUUGAACUGAAAUUCUCCACUAAGUACCUGUAUUAUCUACUGUUGAUUGAACUGAAAGUCUCCUCUAAGUAACUCUAUUAUCUACUGUUGAUUGAACUGAAAGUCUCCACUAAGUAAAGGGAAAGGGGGAUACCUCGUAAGUUUCACAACUGAAUGCAUUCAACCAAAAUAUGUCUUCCGCAUUUAACCCAACCCCUCUGAAUCAGAGAGGUGCGGGGGGCUGCCUUGAUCGACAUCCAUGUCAUCGGCACCCGGGGAGCAGUUGUUGGGGGUUAACUGCUUUGCUCAAGGGCAGAACGCCAGAUUUUUCCACCUUAACGGCUCAGGGAUUCGAACCAGCGAUCUUUCGGUUAAGUACCUCUUAUUGUCUACUGUUGAUUACCACUUAUUGAGAAUAAUUAAGAAGCUGUCAAGCUUUUUAGUGUGUUUGUCUCCUAUUUGACAUGGCGUAUUCCUAAAAGGUAGAUGUUUCCUUCUCUCAGGUAACUACAGUCACGUUUACUUGUACCUGUGUUUACUUUUUUCUUGAAUUUGCUUCUCUUUUGACUAAGCUAAGUUACAGACACCAUAGCUUGUUUUUGUCUCAGGAUACAUCACAAAUUGCAGGUCCAACGACCUAAAAUGACCUCCAACGACCUAAAGCAUACUCUCCAUCUAUAGAACAGCAUGGUGUCUAAUGGGGAGACUGACUGGAGAGGGAAGAUUCAUAUCAUAACACUACGGCAGUUCAAAACAGGCGCAACAGCAGUAAUGUGCCUUGUUGAGUCCAAACCUCUUAACUCCUUCUCUGAUCUGAUCUGGUUAAUGACAUGAUGAGAGCGUGGCGAGGCCUAGCGCUAUCCAUCCCUUCUGAUAACGGCUCUACCAACAUCACAGCCAUGCUAUGCUAGUCAUCCCUGCAUCUCUGCUGCUACCAGACUCUUAUUUACUAUUGCUAAUACUGCACAAUUUAAACACAUGCCCCCCAAUCCCCCCUUCCCCCAUAACACAUGUAAAUAUUGUUAUAUAGAUUGUACCUUCCUGUAUUAUACUUAUGCUAAAAUGUUUAUUCUAUUCUACUGAGCCAUUUACUUUAUUUUCGUAUUCUUAUCUUUUAUUAUUUCUUAUUGUUGUUGCAUUGUUGAGAAGGAACCUGCAAGUAAGCAUUUGAUUGGACAGUGUAGUGUAAACAAUGUGUAUCCUUUACAUAAGACUAAUAAAACUUGAAACUUCUUCCUCCAUUUCUCCAUUAAUUUCUCCCUCCAUCCCUCCACCUCGUCAUCCCUCUAUCCCCCCGCUGUCUCUCAUUCAUGCAAACACUCAACCCUUUCAUCUCCUUUUGGCGAGGCAGCAUGCAAACAAGUUACAGAGGAAGCAGCAGCAGAGAUAUAGAUGGAUGUGCCCACACUAAACAAACUCCUAUCUCAGAAAGAGCCCAUUGUCCUUUGGGAAUAGGUCAGGGGCUUAUCCAUGUUGCCAUCAGAGAUCGACCUACUCCCCUCCUGACUCCUGGGCUUUGUUCUGUACAGCUACAUGGGGAUAACGUCUGUGGAAAAGUAUGUGGAAGUUCUGCUACAAUGGUACUGUUCUACUGAAAAUGUGCACGCGCGCACACACACACAGUAUUGUUUAACUAACCAUAUAACCAUUCAAAAUCCUAUUUUUCAUAACCCCUAACCUUAACCCCAAAACCUAAUCUUAACCCUAACUCCUAACCCUAACCCGAAACCUAAUUCUAGCACUAAUUCUACCUUAACCCUAAACCUCCUAGAAAUAGCAUUUGACCUUGUGGGGACUAACAAAAUGUCCCCAGUUGGUCAAAUUUCUGUUCAUUUACUAUUCUUGUGGGGACCCCACAACACACACACACACACACACACACACACACACACACACACACACACACACACACACACACACACACACACACACACACACACACCCUGCAAGAAUCACUUCACUCACUCCCUGGAUCACUGACAAGCUAACCUGCACUUGAAGGCUGUCUUUUGUACCGUUGUCUCCUGUGUUGUGUCUACUGCUCACCUGUCUCAGUAUUAUUGAACCAUUCUAACUGGCCUUAUCUCACUGUAGCAGGCUGUGCAGCUCUCUGUAUCCCUGUCUCAGAGUCUCAUGGCAGUCAUUAUUACACAGUGGCUCAAGGGAUUGUUUUAGCCACUCUAAAUGCAGGCAGCAUGUUGCUAUGCCAUUAUGUGCAGUACCCAAUGCUGUGGGCAAGAGAACGCUGGGUGUCUCAGCCUGGGUAUGUAUUUCAUAAUAUGUGUUGAUCCUCUGGGGUGUUUGGCACUACUCCACUCAGCUUGUUGACCUUUCCCUGUUUACCAGUCUCUCCCUUCCCCCCGGGCCUCCUCACCCUCCCUCCCUCCCUCCCUCCCUCCCUCCCUCCCUCCCUCCCUCCCUAUCAGGUAAUGAGGAGGUGAGCUGGUGUGUUUGAACAUGUUAAUCAACCUCCUCCACUGAGCCCAGAGGUGGGAACACUGACUUAACGCAGCACGUGUUCACGUGUUGAGCACCAACCUCAGCCAACCUACACACCUCAGCCUAUAACCUUCAGCUGGCCUUUAACACAUAAUCACAGUCCUAUCUGAUAAGGUCCUAACUUUAUGGGUUUUACACUGUUGUAUUCGGUUGUUAAUGGGCACACCUGUUGAGUCCCUUCAUAUUGAUGUUUCAUUUCAGAAAUACGACUGACUGUUAUGUAUUGUAAGUUGCCUCGAAGAAUGAUGUGUUGAUUGAUACUCCGUUUUAAUGUAAGCCAACACAGACGAGUUUCAGAGAAGUUUAUAUUUGUAAUGUUAGGAGCGUUCCUAGUCUGAAUGCAGUAGGCCUAACUGCUUCUCAUAGCGACUAACUGUAGUCCAGAGAGGGGUCAAUGUCCCCUCGGCUACAGGAUAAUGGACGCCUAGAUAAGACUAUGGAUGGGGUCCUCCAAUUGUGAAUAUAUGUGUUGCUCAUUGGAGAAGGGGACAGAUAGACUAUAAAUAGCCAGGCUCUCCCUCUGAGGCCCCAGUGUGGCCCACCUGUAAAUAUUUCAACAAGGUACCGUCACUUUAAUGGGGCCUUAUAUCACCGGGGUUGCCAUGGCCACCAAGCCACUGUAAAUGUCCUCUGUCUAUCACCCAUUCGUCUAUCACCGGUGGGAGAAGAGAGAGGAGGGCCAGUGACAGAGCCCAUUCGUCCUGGCCAAAACCUAUUGUUGGUCCAUUCAUCCUGGACCAGGCACCGCCAUUGGUUCAUUUGUCCUGGACCAGGCCCUGCCAUUGGUCCAUUCGUCCUGGACCAGGCCCUGCCAUUGGCCAGGACAUAUGGGCUCUGUUUGAAGAGGACAGUCGCUCUUCCUGAUAGGACUUAAUGACUCACAUCAAUCACAUAGUCCAGAGGCACAGGCUUUGUGAGUGGGAGUGUGGUGGACUAAUGCAUUGGUUGGUGGUUCAGUUGACAGUAUUGAAAAAUGCCAUGUAUACAUUUGCUAAUUUAAGAAGCUCGUUCAGACUACUAAUUUAUAUUGCGGAAAAAGAGAGUUCUCAUUGCUGGGUGGGUGUAACAAUAUGUGUACCUAGAGUUCAUUAGAGUUAAAUGUCUGGCCCCAGAGGUAAGAAUCAUGCACAGCAACAUGUUCAGCAAGUGUGAAAAAAGCCAGUGUACUGCAAGUUAGGACAGCCUUGUGAGUGCUACUGUAGGUGUGGCUGGCUGUAUCAUGACCUCGCCCCAGUGUGUGGAACACCUGCAGAGAGGGAGACGCCUUUACAUCUCACAGCUUUAGAAACCAGAGCCACUCUCAGUCACCAGAACCACUCUGUCAGAAUACACCACACACACACACACACACACACACACACACACACACACACACACACACACACACACACACACACACGCACACACACACACACACACACCACACACACACACACACACACACACAUUGAUGCUUACAAAACCUCUGUCUUUAAGCAAACAUUCUAUCCUCUAUCGCUCCUGUCAUCGUUGGCUCUGCACGUGUUAUCUCCUGUGAAAAUCCCUUCCUCUUGUUACCUGUGAAGCCUCUCUCUCCCAGCUCAUCCAUUGAAUAACACGUUCAAAAGAUGACGUAACAAGAUAGACCUCACUUCACUUUCUAUAGCUUUAUCUAAAUGGGUAUACCUUUUUUUAUUUUAUUUAACCUUUAUUUAACUAGGCAAGUCAGCUAAGAACAAAUUAUUAUUUACAAUGACGGCCUACACUGGCCAAACCCAGACGACGCUGGGCCAAUUGUGCGCUGCCCUAUGGGACUCCCAAUCACAGCCGGUUGUAAUACAGCCUGGAAUCGAACCAGGGGGUCUGUAGUGACACUGAGAUGCAGUGCCUCAGACCGCUGCACCACUCGGGAGCCCAGUUAGCUAGGUCUCUCUACCUAACCCAGACUAGGACCUGUUGCUCUGUGUAUAGUCAACCAGUAACCACCUUCACAAAGACGCAUGACGUAGUGUGAAGAGAAUGUUCUUUUAAUCUGGUAGAAUUCACUGUUGAGGAAGAGAAUCGGCUUUUCAUCUAGUAGAAUUCACUGUUGAACUUCAGUUCAAACCAUUAUAGUUUCAGGUGGAGCUAUAGUGUAUCAAAUUCAGUUAUUCCUGUCUCUGUGUAGAAACCCUAUUGUUCAGAAGCUACCUCUCCUAAUUCCCUGUACACAUACUGAUGAGCCCAACACUUUUGCUGUAAUCAGGAGAAGAUGAUUUUAGCUGCAGGGGGUCUGGAACCUGGUAAAGAUGCCAACCACGGCCAUUUUGGGGAUGCUGUGUGGUGUAGACGUACAUGGCAUGCUCUGGGUGAAUAGGGAUGUAGGCUACUGUGAUAUUGCUGUGUCUUUUGUCUUUUGUACUUUCAUUACUCAGGAGACGCUUAUACACAUUCAGUGACUGUUAUAGCAUUUAUAGCAUAGGCCUAUGUCAUAGCAUUGUUAUGUCAAGAGGACAUAAGCAAAUGCCAAUGCAGUGACACAAUGCUAACUAACACAAUGUUGACAAAGAACACUGUUAGCAGGUCAGUGUCUUCCAAUCUACGUCUAAAGGUUUAAAAUGAGUUGAAAGUAGUUUGGAUUCUUUUGUCCUCUCUUACUUCUCUGUCCCUCUUUAUUUCAUUCUCUCUCUCUCUCUAUCAUUCUUCUUCUUUACUCUUUCUGAACUAUUCUCUUCCUAUUCUUUCUAAACCAGACAUACUCAAUCUCAUACUUACGCUCACUCUCAGUACAUUUUCUUCACUCUCAUUCUUCUAAUUUCUGGUCUCUUAAUUCUCUGCUUCUCUUUCUAGCUUCAUUUCAUUCACAUUUAAGGCUUUAUUGGCAUGGGAAACAUAUGUUAACAUUGCCAAAGAAAGUUAAGUAGUUAAUAAACAAAAGUGAAAUAAACAAUACAAAUUAACAGUAAACAUUACGCUCACAAAAGUUCCAAAAGAAUAAAGACAUUUCAAAUGUCAUAUUAUGUGCAAAUAGUUACAAAAGGGAAAAUAAAUAAACAUAAAAAUGGGUUGUAUUUACAAUGGUGUUUGUUCUUCACUGGUUACCCUUUUCUUGUGGCAACAGGUCACAAAUAUUGCUGCUGUGAUGGCACACUGUGGUAUUUCACCCAAUAGAUAUGGGAUUUUAUCAAAAUUGGGUUUGUUUUCGAAUUCUUUGUGGAUCUGUGUAAUCUGAGGGAAAUAUGUGUCUCUAAUAUGGUCAUACAUUUGGCAGGAGGUUAGGAAGUGCUGCUCAGUUUCCACCUCUUUUUGUGUGCAGUGUACACUCUUGAGAGCCAGGUCUGCCUACGGCGGCCUUUCUCAAUAGCAAGGCAAUGCUCACUGAGUCUGUACAUACAGUACCAGUCAAAAGUUUGGACGCAACUACUCAUUCAAGGGUUUUUCUUUAUUUUUACUAUUUUCUACAUUGUAGAAUAAUAGUGAAGACAUCAAAACUAUGAAAUAACACAUAUGGAAUCAUGUAGUAACCAAAUAAGUGUUAAAAGCGUGCAAAGCUGUCAUCAAGGCAAAUAUAUUUGGAUUUGUUUAACACUUUUUUGGUUACUACAUGAUUCCAAAUGUGUUAUUUCAUAGUUUUGAUGUCUUCACUAUUAUUCUCCAAUGUAGAAAAUAGUAAAAAUAAAGAAAAACCCUGGAGUGAGUAGGUGUGUCCAAACGUUUGACUGGUACUGUAAGCAAAGCUUUCCUUAAAUUUGGGUCAGUCACAGUGGUCAUUCUGCUACUGUGUACUCUCUGUUUAGGGCCAAUUAGCAUUCUAGUUUGCUCUGUUUUUUUGUUAAUUCUUUCCAAUGUGCCAAGUAAUUAUCUUUUUGUCUUCUCAUGAUUUGGUUGGGUCUAAUUGUGUUGCUGUCCUGGGGCUGUGUGGGGUCUGUUUGUGUUUGCGAACAGAGCCCCAGGACCAGCUUGCUUAGGGGACUCUUCUCCAGGUUCAUCUCUCUGUAGGUGAUGGCUUUGUUAUGGAAGGUUUGGGAAUCGCUUCCUUUUAGGUGGCUGUAGAAUUUAACGUCUCUUUUCUGGAUUUUGAUAAUUAGCGGGUAUUGGCCUAAUUCUGCUCUGCAUGCAUUAUUUGGUGUUUAACAUAUUUUUGCAGAAUUCUGCAUUCAGUCUCAAUUUGGUGUUUGCCCCAUUUUGUGAAUUAUUGGUUGGUGAGUGGACCCCAGACCUCACAACCAUAAAGGGCAAUGGGUUCUAUAACUGAUUCAAGUAUUUUAGCCAGAUCCUAAUCGGUAUGUCGAAUUUUAUGUUCCUUUUGAUGGCAUAGAAGGCCCUUCGUGCCUUGUCUCUCAGAUCGUUCACAGCUUUGUGGAAGUUACCUGUGGCGCUGAUGUUUAGGCCGAGGUAUGUAUAGUUUUUUGUGUGCUCUAGGGCAACGGUGUCUAGAUGGAAUUUGUAUUUGUGGUCCUGGCAACUGGACCUUUUUUGGAACACCAUUAUUUUUCUCUUACUGAGAUGUACUGUCAGGGCCCAGGUCUGACAGAAUCUGUGCAGAAGAUCUAGGUGCUGCUGUAGGCCCUUCUUGGUUGGGGACAGAAGCACCAGAUCAUCAGCAAACAGUAGACAUUUGACUUCAGAUUCUAGUAGGGUGAGGGCUGGGUGCUGCAGACUGUUGUAGUGCCCUCGCCAAUUUGUUAAUAUAUAUGUUGAAGAGGGUGGGGCUUAAGCUACAUUGUUGUUUGUGUACAUGGAUUUUAUAAUGUGGUAUGUUUUUCCCCCAACACCACUUUCCAUCAAUUUGUAUAGCAGACCCUCAUGCCAAAUUGGGUCAAAAGCUUUUUUGAAAUCAACAAAACAUGAGAGGACUUUGCCUUUGUUUUGGUCUGUUUGUUUGUCAAUUAGGGUGUGCUGAGUGAAUACGUGGUCUGUUGAAAUUUGCUCAGUACAUUGUUUUCACUGAGGAAAUGUACGAGUCUGCAGUUAAUGAUAAUGCAUAUGAUUUUCCCAAGGUUGCUGUUGACGCAUAUCCCACGGUAGUUAUUGGGGUCAAAUUUGUCUCCACGUUUGUGGAUUGGGGUGAUCAGUCCUUAGUUCCAAAUACUCUCUCUCUCUAUCUCUCGCUCUCUCAUUCUCUCUCUCCAUCUCUCACUCCCGUUCUCUCUGCACUUCCUUAACAAAGUCAAUAUGGUGGUAUGCUGCUAUGUGUAAUUGUACAUUUAAUUUAUCAUCAGUCUAGUUUGACUGUGGUGGCAUGGCUUUAAAACACUGCUACGGUCAGGCUAUUUCUUCCUCUCCUUAUCAUCUCUACUAGGCUUCAAAUCAGGUUUGAUGUUCUCCUGCUGUUCCUUUUACUCUCAUUCACACAAAUCUCUCUGAGGAGUUAACCUCUGCCCAUAGGGGAAACCAUCUCACCAUGUAUACUCUGAGACAAACCCUUCAGAAAAUAAGAUCUUGUCGUGAAUGGCAGAAACCAUGGUUAGAGGAUGAAACUAGGUCUGUGACAGUGGGAGAGAGGGGGAUGGAACUAGAUUCGACAGUGCUGCUAGGUAACAGAUGGGUUUUGAAAUGGUUGAAGCUCCUGUAGUGGUCAUAUUCAGUUUCAUCACCAUCUAGGCUACAUUGUAAUCUUUCUCCUUCAUCAUCAGUGACUCGGAUCUCUGAUCUCAACCAGGCGUCUUCUCUGUGCCUGAUUACAGCAGGAGGUCUGUUCCAUUUCACCUCCUCCCUCCUUGUAGAAUAAGUGAGCCACAAGCAGUGUGUUACUACCUACCUCCGCAUGAUCAGUGACUCUAUUGAUUCAUUAUUGAUACAGAUUAGUCACUGGCUCGCUCCAGAACAGAAACAGCCUGAAUGUUUACAGCGCUCCCUGCUUAAAACAGCAUGCCUCUUCUUCCCUUUUCAACUCUGUUCAUGUGCCUCCAAAGAGUGUGUGUGUGUGUGUGUGUCUGGCUCAGGGGUUCGCAACAGGGGUCCUUAGUCAACACUCCUGUUUUCAAAGAGAGAUGCUGACUUCAAGACUUCUUCAGAGCUUUUUUGUUUAUCCAGUCUCUGGCGUUUGGUGCUAUCGAGACAUGUAAGCAAAACAUUAGCAUAAUUACCUAAUUUGUAUAAUUGGAUAACGACUGUGAAACUGAGUGGAGGGGCAUGCAGGGUCACGCGCUCUCCCAGAAACAUUAUAAAUUGAGUUGUUUAUUACACAGGCAUCGAAAAUAAUAAAGGUGAAUACAUUCAAUGUGUGACAGCAAAGCACCAUCUCCUCUUUAUAGAAGUGGUGACCCUAUUUCAGGCUUGACAGUAUGUUGCUGGGCUCUAUUUUGAGCAAGUGGAGCAUCUCCUCUCCAGGCAGUACAGUAGUAUCCUCUAUGUCGUCCUCCUGUAGUGCACUAUGCAGUUAGGUUACAGUAUGUGAGUGUGUGUAAUUUAGGUCAUGUUUUUCUCAUAGAAACGGCUUACUGAGGGGAGUAGCUACAUUUCUGUCUUCAGUGUCUCAGGUUAGUUACUAGUUGUUGGUGUUGUCGGCAACUGGUGUGCAGUGUGGCGUCAGUGUCGAAGUCUGUAGGCGUUAAUUUUCGACCCCUAAUUUCCUGGGAUUAUAAUUGGUUUUUAGAAUGAUCCAGUGUCAAUCCCAGCCUAAUUAUAUAUAUUUUUUAAACACCAACAGUAGCUUUCUGUCACAGGAAUGAAAAACUAACUUAGGAUGGGUCAAAGAGGUCAACAUCGCUCAUCACUGACGGACUCUAUUUUCGAGGUCGCUCACAGUCUGAAGACUUGGCACACUGUUACCUAUUCAUGUAAUAUACUGGGACUGGGAGGAUAUAAUAUGCAGGAGUGUUACGCUACAGACAGUAGUGAGCUAUACAGGGACACAUUAGCCGAGUAGUAAAGUUCAAAAGGGACUCAGUCAUACUCAAACCAUAUUAAGAAGAAACCAAGAUGGCCAAGAUACAAAAAUAAUCUUCCAUUUGAUUCAAGGACACAGUAGUUGCCAGUGCAUUGUUGUCCAGGUUAGGUAGGUUAACCACUAUAAAUGUACAACGCUAAUCUGCCACCAGGCCUGUUUGUUCUAUUGACCCCAUGAGGUUGAGGACAGACUCCAGUGAGGAAAUGUCUAUCUGGGGAAGGUGAGGACGGAUUACUGUGGCAUUAAGACCGAGCAGAGACGCAGCCAACUGGAGGCAACUGGAGGAACCCAACACACUGCUACUACUGUCUCUCUCUCUCCGCUGUAUAAUUGGGUGUCAUGUAUCUGGCCGGGACACUAAGCAGAGCACUGUAGUAGUAUCCCUAAACAGCCCACUGUGUCCAGUAUGUUGUGUCUUUACAACAGACUCAAUGAGAAGAGUGCUUGUUAGAGGAAGAAGAUGAGCUUUGAGAAUGUGGUAUUUCAUGAGUUGUUUGUGUCCAGUUAUGGGUCUUGUUGGUAGCAGUGUAGCACUAUAGUGGUGCUUUUUAGUGUGUAACAAGUUCUUAUACAAAUAAGAACUUGUUACAAAUCUGUACUUGAGAGGUUUACUGCUUUAUGACUUCUCUGUAUGGGAGAGUAGAGGGUGUGAGAAUGAAUGGAGGUGAAUGGAGGUGUGGAUUCCUUUAGAGCACACCCCCUCUCCUCUCUGUUUGCGUUGACCCAGCUGGACCGGGACCCCCACUUCCCCUCCAUGGGUGGAGCAGGUCCCUGGAGGCGCUACAGCCACAGUCUGGACAGCGAAAUGGGGUUUCAUGGCUCUGUGGGGGACGAACACACACCACAGCCACGCACACACACACUGAGCUCCGACUGCGGUUAGUGUUUACAAUACAUCAUGCCGAUAUGAUCUUCCUGGAAACAUUUUAGAGUUGUCGCUACAGAGUAAGUCAACUUGGACAUGACUGGUAUGCAGUGCAUUUUGUAUGGUUGUCGGUCCGGUCGAGAAUGCCUAGAAUGUUUUAGCUUAUGUUUUAUUUGACGUAUGUGGACUUCAGUGAUCUGGCCUCCCUCUAAGAGUGUGGUCAGUGGUCACAUCGUAGAAGUAAUGUCUUUCUGCGCAAUGUAAUAUGUUGUGACAGGUUUCCCAUGGUGCCUCAGUGUGGCAGUGUCAGAGAGGCCAUAGCAUGUUAAGGGAGGAGAGGGGGCUCAUUGCUGACCAGAGACACCAAUUAUAUCACAACUCUAAUUGGAGUGGACAAUAGCAUGAUUAUUCAACAAAUGAUGAUGAGGACAUUGUUAUGUUCUUUCAGAAGAUGUUAGUUUGUAGUUUGGCACCGUUGUCACCAUGCUUAUUUAGUGUGUGUGGUUGUGGGCGGUGCUCCCUUUCUCUCUGUGUUACUCCCUCUUUCUCUCUACUCUCUGUCUCUCUGUCUCUCUCUCUUUCUCUCUCUCUCUCUCUCUCUCUCUCUCUCUCUCUCUCUCUCUCUCUCUUCUCUCUCUCUCUCUCUCUCCCUCUCUCUCUGUCUCUGUCUCUCUCUGUCUCGCUCUCUCUCUCUCUCUCUGUCUCUCUGUCUCUCUCUUUUUUUCUAUAUUUCUCUCUCUCUGUCUCUGUCUGUCUCUCUGUAUGUUACUCCCCCUCUCUCUCUCCCUCCUCUAUCUGUGUUACUCCCCCUCUCUCUCUUCCUCCUCUAUCUGUGUUACUCCCCCUCUCUCUCUUCCCCCUCUCUCCGUCCAGUCACUUCCUCACAUAGCUCUAGUCUCCACUCAUUCCCCCGCUCCAUACCACAGCACCAGGAACUCCACUCAGUCACACUGUCUGGCAGUGCUGCUCUCAAAGCUCCUCUGGUGUGUCAAAGUUAGACUUUUCUCUCUCUCUCGCUCUCUCUCUCUCUCUCUCUCUCUCUCUCUCUCUCUCUCUCUCUCUCUCUCUCUCUCUCUCUCUCUCUCUCUCUCUCCACAGGACUGGGGUGUGCCUGGUUGUAAAGAGGAUGAGGUCUUCUCUCUCCCCUUAAGGACAUUCUGUAUUGUCGAUUCAAGAAAACAAGACGAGCAACCAUGGUGAAGCAGAGGUAAGAAUUUCAGCGAUUUUUGUACUGGGUGACCCUGCCCCAUGCAUUCCUAUAAGGCACUUUCCCUGUGUUAACUAAAAACAGAUGUGUUUAGCUGUAGCAUGAGUGUUUCAGUGUCUCUCUGUGGUUGGUUGUUAAGCCUCUCCUCUCCAAGUGGGUGGAAACCAUUUAAAAAUAGGUUUUACUUGGCCUUGAUUGGUUGAGAGGCCGUUUGAGGGGCAGCCUUUCUGAUCUCUGAUUGGUCAUUGUGGUCUGACGGUCUGUAGCUGCUGCUAGCAGUAGGGUUACAGUUGACCUCCUGCAAUGCAUGGCUGCACUUCAUGUGUUGUUAUUGUACUCUGUACAGUAUGAGGCAGACGUCUUCAAUAGAAGACAUUGUCCUGGACUGUUGUUUACUGACCUGAUUGAUUAUAUGCUAGUACCUAGCAACGGCUAACUAGAUAUUGUGCUUUCGUUUGCAUUGUUGUCAGACUGAGUAGGUAGCCCAGUUUUAUGUACUGUCUAGUCAGUCCCAAUUGUUAGUCUGUUAUCAAGUCUUCAAAGUUUGAUCUGUUGGCAUGGAUAUAAUCUGUUGAACAUCGGAUGUCCUCAGAAUUACGCACAUCCGAUGUGGGCACUUGGCCAAUGACACCACAUAGCACUACUAGACUCUAGAAUGAAAAUCACAGAUUCUCAGAACCACCAUAGUCUCCAUUCACUGUCCUCAGAGAAACGGAAACAUGAGACUCUAGGAAGAUAAUAGAAUCCAAAUAUCCUCCUUCCUGAGUUAUAGUCCUAUUUAUAACUGACCUGAGCAGGGACUGGGGCGGGGAGGGAGAUGGCCUGUUGUACUACACUGUGUUAGCAGAUAGCCAAGCUUUUGUUUGCAGCAAUGGUCCUCUUUCCUGUACAAUCACCUCCUUUACAAGGGAAGCAACAAAUAACCCUGGCUUGCACCUAAUGUUAUCUGGCUGUCACAGUCACAUUAUUGACUUAUUGAGCUGGUAUAAGCAUAGAGAAUAUAUUUGUGUUUUAUUGCAUUCUGUGGGGAUACAGGUCUAUGUGUGUAGCAGGUAAACCGUAAGGCUGGAAUAGUUCUGCAAUGUCUUGGCGGACAAGUUAUUUUUUGUACUUUUAAUCAUUAUUUUGGUUCCCGACUGACGAGCAAUGUGAGAAAUGCACAACAUACCUCACUCUCUAGAAAUGUGAGGGACACAUAUUUGCUUAGGCACUUGUAGACAGAGCUAUAACUUUAGGCUACAGACACAGUCAACAUAUUUUACAUACCAAAACAGUUCCAGUUCCAGAACAUUCAUGGAAAGAAUAGUGUUUUAUUAGUUCUUGUGGGCCCACUAGCUUGUAAUGCACACUCUAUUGUCAUGCAUCAUAAUCUCUUCUGGUGUCACAAGACGAGUGAGUGGGUGAUGGAAGUGGUGUCACUGGGACCUGUUGGAAUUCACUGUGCAUUGUAGCACGCUAACGAGGCGUUACCUCUGUACCUCUGUGAUCCUCUGUAGCUCAGUUGCUAGAGCAUGGAGCUUUCAACGCCAGCAUAGUGGGUUUGAUUCCUGGGACCACCCAUACUUAAAAAUGUAUGCAAGGAUGACUGUAAGUCGGUUUGAAUAAAAGCGUCUGCUAAAUGGCAUAUAUUAAUACGAAGCGGACUGGUCACAACUUUUCCCUGGGUAAGCAUUUUGGCAGGCAAUUGUCGAGUUGAGGAAUAGAGGGCAUGGGUUGUGCCACCGGCUGAGUCUCUCUCUCUCUGCCUCUCUCCUCUCCUCUCUCGCUAUCUCGAUCCUCUCUGAGAUCUCUCUCUCGCGAUCUCUCUCUCUCCUUCUCUCUCUUCCCCCUCUAGGCGAUAUCUCCUCGGGGCUAGAGUAGAGCGCUCGAGCUAUGCGCGUGCUCUCUCGAUUCUGCGCCUCUCUCUCGUCUCUCUCUCUCUCUAGAGAUGCUAUCGCUCUCUCUCUCUCUCUCUCUCUCCUUAUCUCUCUUCUCUCUAUCUCUCUAUCUCUCUCCUCUCUCUCUCUAUCUCUCUCCUAUCUCUAUGGCCUGAGAGAGGAGAGAGAGAGAGAGAGGACUCAGCCGGUGGCACAACCCAUGCCCUCUAUUCCUCAGCUCGACAAGUGCCUGCCAAAAUGCUUACCCAGGGAAAAGUUGUGACCAGUCCGCUUCGUAUUAAUAUAUGCCAUUUAGCAGACGCUUUUAUCCAAACCGACUUCCAUCACCCACUCACUCGUCUUGUGACACCAGAAGAGAUUAUGAUGCAUGACAAUAGAGUGUGAAUUACAAGCUAGUGGGCCCACGAGAACUAAUAAAACACUAUUCUUUCCAUGAAUGUUCUGGAACUGGAACUGUUUAGGUAUGUAAAAUAUGUUGACUGUGUCUGUAUUAUCAUUAACAGCAGACUAGUUAAUUUCCUCAGUGAAAACAAUGUACUGAGCAAAUGUCAAAUUCCCUCAGAUUACAGAGAUCCACAAAAAAUUCUAAAACAAACCCAAUUUGGAUAAACUCCCUUAUCUACUGGGUGAAAAACCACAGUGUGCCAUCACAGCAGCAAUAUUUGUGACCUGUUGCCACAAGAAAUGGGCAACCAGUGAAGAACAAACACCAUUGUAAAUGCAACCCAUAUUUAUGUUUAUUUUAUUUAUUUAUUUUUUCCCAUUUGCACAUUGUUACAACACUGUAUAUAUACAUUUACAUUUUUACAUUUUAGUCAUUUAGCAGACGCUCUUAUCCAGAGCGACUUACAGUUAGUGAAUACAUGUUUUUUUUUAUACUGGCCCCCCGUGGGAAUCGAACCCACAACCCUGGCGUUGCAAAUGCCAUGCUCUAUCAACUGAGCUACAUCCCUGCCGGCCAUUCCCUCCCCUACCCUGGACAACGCUGGGCCAAUUGUGCGCCGCCCAUGAGUCUCCCGGUCGCGGCCGGCUGCGACAGAGCCUGGAUUCGAACCAGGAUCUCUAGUGGCACAGUUAGCACUGCGAUGCAGUGCCUUAGACCACUGCGCCACUCAGGUGCCCUGUGCCACUGCGCCACUCAGGUGCCCUGUGCCACUGCGCCACUCAGGUGCCCUGUGACAUUUGAAAUGUCUUUAUUCUUUUGGAACUUCUGAGUGUAAUGUUUACUGUUAAUAUUUAUUGUUUAUUUCACUUUUGUUUACUAUCUACUUCACUUGCUUUGGCAAUGUUAACAUACGUUUCCCAUGCCAAUAAAGCCCCUUAAAUUGACAUUGAAUUGAAUUGAGAGAGAGGGAGAGAGAGGGAGAGGGAGAGAUAGAGGGAGAGAUAGAGGGAGAGAGAGGGAGAGAGAGGGAGAGAGAGGGAGAGAGAGAGGGAGAGAGAGAGGGAGAGAGAGAGGGAGAGAGAGGGAGAGAGAGAGAGAGAGGAGAGAGGGAGAGAGAGAGAGAGAGAGAGACAGAGAGGGAGAGAAGAAAGGAGAGACAGUGCUGCAGGCUGCUGCAGUGUUUGUGUGGUUUAUUUGGCUGGUGGUCAACUGUACAGUAUGUCCCAAUCAAUCACCCUGAAUCUGUCCUAUGCUACAGUAGUCUUAAUCUGUUGUCUGCUACAGUAGUCUUAAUCUAUUGUAUGCUACAGUAGUCUUUAUCUGUUAUCUGCUACAAUAGUCUUAAUAUGUUGUAUGUUACAGUAGUCUUAAUCUGUCCUAUGCUACAGUAAUCUUAAUCUGUCCUAUGCUACAGUAGUAUUAAUCUGUCCUAUGCUACAGUAGUCUUAAUCUGUCCUAUGCUACAGUAGUCUUAAUCUGUCCUAUGCUACAGUAGUCUUAAUCUGUCCUAUGUUACAGUAGUCUUAAUCUGUCCUAUGUUACAGUAGAAGUACGCUGUUAUUCAACUACUGCUACAGUAUGCCAUAGUAUGUAUUGUUAUAGGUUUGAACAAUGACAAACCACAGAUUCUCCAUCUGCAUGUACAGGAUGAUGACAUUAUGUUUUCUGUGUUGUUCAGAUCCCCAGUGUUCACUCACCCCACUGUGCAAGUGGUCUCACCCGGUCUCCAGUGAGGACUCCCCCCUCUACCCCUCUCCUUCCUGCGUAAUGGUUUAACCCACACAGGACCUGGUCACCAUGAUGAUGGCCUCCAUGGUUGCCAAUGGAAACAUGGAUGGCAGGAAGGGGCAGGCCCUGGUCCUGAAAGGGGUGGACCCAGAGACAUGCAUGAUCGUGUUCAAGAACCACUGGGCACAGGUAAACAAAACCUGUGUCUUGUAACCCUAAAUAUAACUUCAGCUCCAAACCCUACCUUAACUUGUAUAGCUCUCUCUCUUAGAACCCAGACCCUAACUCAAACCCUCAGAACACUAAAUGCAUAUCAUUGUAGCCCAAUCACUUUUACCCAAAAGCUGUUCCUCAAACUCUUAAAUCACAAACUCUUAUAAUUUGAACCAUAACGCCAAACUCCACCGCAGAACCUAUAACACAAACAUCUCCUCAAACCCCUUACCUACAAAUUAAAGCCUACAAUCCCGCCCAUGAACUUGAACCCUCUCAGCCCCAGACCUCAUUGUUGUAACCGAACGGCUACAGUAUGUAACUGAAAUAAUGACAGCUUCGGUCUACUGGCUCCUCCCUUCUCUAUUCAGCCUCCAUUCACCCCAGUGGGAGGGAGUUGGCAGGAGUCUCCAUCCCUCUCAGCUACAGAGAAUAGAACACAUUAAGGCCUGGAAACACAAACAUCAUUUAUGGGGUUGGAGCUCACGUUGCUGGACGUAGAACAGUAAUAACACAGUAACACCAAGAGGACAGAAAUCAUCAUGUUAAAUAUUGUUAUUUAAAAAAAAAAUCAUUCUCACCAUUUAUAAUAUAAAUAUUAGGCCUGUGAAGUGCACUGUUAAAGGUUUCAACAGAAUCAUAUUCUGAAAUGUAGGACAUUCUAUAGAUCUUUGACCCUCUCUGCAGGCAAGUUAGCACUACAAUACGGCUCCAGCUGAGUCUUAACUGCAACAUUUUGGCUAAUGAAUAGCUUGAUAGGAGUGCUAUUGAGUUUGGGUCUUAGAAUUCCUGGAACUGCCCAGCCUGCUAAGUAGGCACCCCCCGGGACCCUGUAUUGAGGAACACUGUUGACAUUUCAGAAAAAUAGGUAGAUUUUCAUUGACAGUCAGUGGAUUCAGCCUUAUCUCUCCCUCUCCAGACCCCUCUGAAAUCACAGUCCUUUUGUUAGGAUGUCUGAGCGAGCUGGUUGUUAUCCAGUCAGUGUUGUGGGUUGCCCAGGACAGGAUAAUAUGUUCUGGGCAACAGUUUGUUUCAUCUCGCUAUGGUUCUAUACAGAUACCAGUACACAAAGAUAACUAAAUUGAUUUAUCUCUAUGUACCAGUACAUGUUAUCCAUUAUCCUGACGGCUCCAUGCCUCCAUCACCUCCAUGUAUUAUUAGUCAGUCCAGUCAGUGUCCACCCACCUGGUUAGAAAAGGCUACUUGAUCAUCUAUAAUCCUACUGUGUUUGCCAGCUAUGUCCUCAAAGCUAUUUGUUACAGCAGAAAUACCCGACAGGACAGUAGACAGACAUGAGUGAAGUGGUAAUUUUAAUAUGACACCAUCACUCCUCCCCUCACCCUCCUUCUUUCCACCCACUCUUCACUCAUCCUGUGCGGUUAUCGUGCUAUCAUGCCUGGAUCAAUCAGUCACCUAGGGGCUCUGUCUCAGUCAGCCAGGCUGGCUCUCCCUCUGCUCUCAGUGGACUCCCCAUCGCCAUGGUAGCAGGGCCUGGUGGGGACAGUGGGCUCAUUGUUGGGAUGCUAUGGAUGGUUCCUCCCAUGUCUGGGUUGUGUUCAUUAAAGGAAUGUUUUGAAACUUAGUGAAACAGGGAGGUACUACCUGAACCUGUCCAAUGAGAAUACAGAUUUUAGUUUUUCCGAGGCAACAAAACACAUACAGUCCUGUAUUCAUUAGUAAGGCCUAUGUAGGUAGGCCUAACUAGAGAGGGACUGACUAACUGCACAGUAAGGCACAAACAUAUAGAGGACAAAGCAGCCUUAUACUCUUUUAUAUCAAGCUGAUUUACCAUCAAUAUAUUUAUAUUAUGUGAAUGUUUCUGUCAGUGUUCAUUUUGUUUAUGGUUCACUGUCAAUAUAAAUGCCAUGUCACUUGAUUUGUGGUUGUCCAUUUACAUUUCAGUACAAAGUUCCGGAGGCAACAGUGGAAUUGGAACACCACAAACCCAAUUUAUACACAAUUUUAACUGCCUGGGCUUGAGAUAUUAUAUUGACAUGACUCAGGCAAAUGUAAUCUUCAUAAAAUCACAAAUGAUACAUCAACUUUCCCUGAUUUAUUUCCCAUAGGACUUGAGUUGUAUUCUCUAUCAGAUUUUCCUAUUUUAAGAGAGACUGUUGUGUUCAUCUAGAUCAAUAAAGGCAGCAGCAGGCUGUCCAAUGAUUAUUAUUAACUGUCACUUAUGAGUCCUCCCAUAGGAUAUUAUCUACAUAACAAACCAAUAUGUUUUAGUCAAUCUAAUUUAGCCUGAACAUCAUUGUAAGCACAUUGGCAGAGUUUGAGAGAGUUUGUCUUAUACUCUGGUGUAUACGCUAUGAAAUAACUUGAUAAUUUGAUUUCAACUGUUAUGAUGACAGUAGGAAUGGCAUACUGUAAUAGCUUUGUGACUAUCUCUAUUGUUUGUCAAUUUAUUUAAUCUUGCUCUAUCAAGGUUAUCAGAUAAACUUCAAGUUGACUAAAGACAAUAUUCAGUUCACUGCGAGAAGUAUCUUAUCUUAUUUGAUGUUCUUCCUUGUGAAAUUACCACAGAUAUCCUAUUUAUACAGGUACUAUAUUCAUUUCUAUGGACAUAACCCUGUACCUUCCCUGUUGUCCCUUCAGGUGGUAAAGAUCCUGGAGAAGCAUGAUCCUCUCCGCAGCAACACCAGCAGCGCUGCCCUUGGUGUCAUCGGCCUCACCAGCGGCGGCCCCAUGCGUUUCGGCGGGCCCAUCCCGGGGGACGAGGCCAGCGCGGUGCAGAACUACGUGGAACACAUGCUGUUCCUGCUCAUGGAGGAGGACGCCGGCCAGGCGGGAGCCAUGGGACCCAUCCUGGAGUUUGUGGUGAUGGAGAACGUCAUGGAGAGGCUCUUCCUGUGGAGCCUGAGGCGGCAGUUUACUGAUGAUAUGAAGCUGGAGCAGCUCAAGGUAGGUGUAGAGGUUAGAGACGGUGGUCGGUAACUGGAGGGUUGGCGGUUUGAAUCCCUGGUCUGACAGGGAAAUCUGGCAGGGUGUGAGGAGGGUGUCUCGGGGGGUUGGGAUAAAGGAAAAAGACACAUCUCAGUGACAACCGACAAUAAAGUGAUCCUCUUCUUCUUCUUCUAAGAUGUAUGAGAUGAUAGUGGGCCAGGCGCGGCAGCCCUUACUGCACCACAAACCUGUGUUACGGCCCUUAAUGAUGCUCCUGUCAUCGUGCUCGGGGACAGCUGCCCCGGCGGUGGAGGCUGAGCUGGUGUCAUUACUCAACCAGCUGUGCUGCGUCCUGGCCAGGGACCAGUCUGUCCUGGAGCUCUUCUUCCAUACCAGGUGAGUUUCCUGCCUUACUAUGUAAAGCGCUUUGAGAUACUGGAAAAGCUCUAUAUAAAUCCCAUCAAUUAUUAUGAUGAUGACGCUGAUUAUUAUUACAGCGAGGACCAGGGGGCGGCCAACUUCCUGAUCUUCUCCCUGCUGAUCCCCUUCAUCCACCGGGAGGGCCUGGUGGGCCAGCAGGCCCGGGACGCCCUGCUCCUCAUCAUGUCGCUGUCUGCAGAGAACCAGCGCGUGGCCCAGCACAUCGCAGAGAACACCUACUUUUGUCCGGUGAGGAGAUGUGGCUGUCUGUCUUUAUGAUGCUGUUGUCUUUGGUCUCUUUCACUUUCUGUCUGGGAUUUGUGACUCUCUCUAUAUGGCUCUGUGUUUCUGUUUCUUAGGUCUCACUGUCUUCUUAGGUCUCACUGUCUUCUUACAGUGGGGAAAAAAGUAUUUAGUCAGCCACCAAUUGUGCAAGUUCUCCCACUUAAAAAGAUGAGAGAGGCCUGUAAUUUUCAUCACAGGUACACGUCAACUAUGACAGACAAAUUGAGAAAAAAAAUUCCAGAAAAUCACAUUGUAGGAUUUUUAAUGAAUUUAUUUGCAAAUUAUGGUGGAAAAUAAGUAUUUGGUCACCUACAAACAAGCAAGAUUUCUGGCUCUCACAGACCUGAAACUUCUUCUUGAAGAGGCUCCUCUGUCCUCCACUCGUUACCUGUAUUAAUGGCACCUGUUUGAACUUGUUAUCAGUAUAAAAGACACCUGUCCACAACCUCAAACAGUCACACUCCAAACUCCACUAUGGCCAAGACCAAAGAGCUGUCAAAGGACACCAGAAACAAAAUUGUAGACCUGCACCAGGCUGGGAAGACUGAAUCUGCAAUAGGUAAGCAGCUUGGUUUGAAGAAAUCAACUGUGGGAGCAAUUAUUAGGAAAUGGAAGACAUACAAGACCACUGAUAAUCUCCCUCGAUCUGGGGCUCCACGCAAGAUCUCACCCCGUGGGGUCAAAAUGAUCACAAGAACGGUGAGCAAAAAUCCCAGAACCACACGGGGGGACCUAGUGAAUGACCUGCAGAGAGCUGGGACCAAAGUAACAAAGCCUACCGUCAGUAACACACUACGCCGCCAGGGACUCAAAUCCUGCAGUGCCAGAUGUGUCCCCCUGCUUAAGCCAGUACAUGUCCAGGCCCGUCUGAAGUUUGCUAGAGUGCAUUUGGAUGAUCCAGAAGAGGAUUGGGAGAAUGUCAUAUGGUCAGAUGAAACCAAAAUAGAACUUUUUGGUCAAAACUCAACUCGUCGUGUUUGGAGGACAAAGAAUGCUGAGUUGCAUCCAAAGAACACCAUACCUACUGUGAAGCAUGGGGGUGGAAACAUCAUGCUUUGGGGCUGUUUUUCUGCAAAGGGACCAGGACGACUGAUCCGUGUAAAGGAAAGAAUGAAUGGGGCCAUGUAUCGUGAGAUUUUGAGUGAAACCCUCCUUCCAUCAGCAAGGGCAUUGAAGAUGAAACGUGGCUGGGUCUUUCAGCAUGACAAUGAUCCCAAACACACCGCCCGGGCAACGAAGGCGUGGCUUCGUAAGAAGCAUUUCAAGGUCCUGGAGUGGCCUAGCCAGUCUCCAGAUCUCAACCACAUAGAAAAUCUUUGGAGGGAGUUGAAAGUCCGUGUUGCCCAGCGACAGCCCCAAAACAUCACUGCUCUAGAGGAGAUCUGCAUGGAGGAAUGGGCCAAAAUACCAGCAACAGUGUGUGAAAACCUUGUGAAGACUUACAGAAAACGUUUGACCUGUGUCAUUGCCAACAAAGGGUAUAUAAGAAAGUAUUGAGAAACUUUUGUUAUUGACCAAAUACUUAUUUUCCACCAUAAUUUGCAAAUAAAUUCAUUAAAAAUCCUACAAUGUGAUUUUCUGGAUUAUUUUUUCUCAUUUUGUCUGUCAUAGUUGACGUGUACCUAUGAUGAAAAUUACAGGCCUCUCUCAUCUUUUUAAGUGGGAGAACCUGCACAAUUGGUGGCUGACUAAAUACUUUUUCCCCCACUGUAUGUCUCACUUUCUUCUUAGGUCUCACGGUCUUCCUAAAUCUCACUGUCCCUUGGCCCUUCUCUUGCUCUCUUUGUUUAGACUUUAUCUCUCUCUCUCUCUCUCUCUCUCUCUCUCUCUCUCUCUCUCUCUCUCUCUCUCUCUCUCUCUCUCUCUCUCUCUCUCUCUCUCUCUCUCUCCCCAUCUCUCUCCCCAUCUCUCUCCCCAUCUCUCUCUCUUUCUUUCCCUAUAUACCCACUGUAUACAUUUCAAAUGGAUGAUUGUUCUGCCCUUGACUCAAUGUCCUAUUAACUCAAUGAAACCCAUUGUACCAACUACCAGACAGGUUAAUAUCCCUGACCUCUCUUUGUCCCCUGAUAGGCGUAUGAUAUUCAUAGCCAAAAUAUGCUUAGCCUACUGUAUGCAUAAUAAAGUAGGUCGAGGGAGAGUGGUUUUAACAUAUGUUUUAUGUUAAUGAGUGGUAUUCAAAUGCUUAUGAAAAUGUAACAAGCAACAUACCCAUGUUAUUAAAAGGCAAAACUCAGCCCAGCUGUAGAAAUAAUUUAUAUACAUCUCAGACUGUAUAUUUACUGUAAACUAUUUUAAAAUAUUAGUUUGAUUAAACAAAAUGGAUGAACACUUAAAUCCCAUGACGAUUAAAAUUGAUGUUCCAUCGAUUUGCACUAGACUGAUGUAGUAAUUUUGACCUGUGUUGUUGAUGAGAAUACUUAUCAAACCACGGCACCAUCUUGAUGCAUUAGCUCACCAGGGAAAUCACCUGCUUUUGUAUGGUAACUGUAACAUCUCACAGCCAUAUGUCAAUGCCCAUUGUUAUUGAUGAAGCCGGGCAACAGGUAAAUCAAAUAGAGGUAAAUCAACUAGAGUUCAUUUUAGUAAUGCUGCCUUUCUCCCCUCGCGUUCAGCUUUGAGGGAUGAAGCUUCUUGAGGUCAAAUAUUCAUUAAGGUCCCAAAGAAGCCCACCUAUCAUAUGCAUAGAUUCACACACCAGCCUUUUGAAUGUGAGACCAUGGAGAGAAGGGACCUGGUAGAUUUAUAACAUACAGUACAGCUCAAAGCAUGGAAGGGGAAAACAUCAUUUAUAUCUGCACUAUAAAAACCACUGAGAGUGAAGCCAGAGUGAAAACAUAAAUGCAUAAACGUCCCUCAUAUGUCAUUUAUGCUACACAUUUCCCCACUCAUAAUUAAUGUAGGUUGCUCAAGCCUCAUAUUUAAUGUGUAAAUCAUUAGCUAUAACUCUCUAAAGUGUAAUCCUCAAGCACCCGUCUGGCCAUCUGAAUGUUUUUACAGCAUCCACCACAGAACACUUGUCAUGUUGCGACUAGUAUCUUCACUAUCAAACCCUUCUGUUAAGCCGUUGUGAACUGACUAUCUAGCUUGGCAGUGCUUAAACAGUGUCAACAGGAUUUUUUUUCAAUCUCACCUGUACCGUGGAAAGACAUUGUACUGUACAGGCUGCAUGGAUGAUUACCAGUUAUGUAACAAUAUUUGACGCAAUUGCACAGCGGGAGUAGGCUACAAUACCUCUUUGUCACAGGAUUACCUGCAUAUCUUCCUACUGUCUGUAUAAGCCAAUGGAGAGACAGGGAUAUACCUGUACCAGGAAGUCAGAACAGAGGCCUAUUCAGGGCCCUGGUUUAGAGGCGUCGCUGUAUCCUGCCAAGGCAUUUCAGCCCUUUGUGCAAAGUCAUGGAUAGUUAUCUUUCACAUGCACAAAAGGAAACUCAUGCAAAGAUUAAAGGAAACAAACAAUAAUAUCAGAUCCUAGUUAUUCCCAGCAACUUGGUCGCAUACUCGUGAUACCAGACCACAGUGUACAGUUUAUGUGGUGUAAGUAAGCAAUAGCCUACUUUAAGGGGUUCCACUAAUUGUGUCUCUCUCUCCUCUCUCCCCCUCCUCUAGGUGCUGGCCACGGGGCUGAGCGGUCUGUACUCGUCUCUGCCCACCAAGCUGGAGGUGCCCGGUGAGGAGUGGCACUGCCUCCGCAGAGAUGACUGGCUACAGAUGCCCACCCUGGUCCAGUUCCUCAACUCACUGGAGUUCUGCAAUGCAGUCAUUCAGGUGUCUCACCCCAGCAUCAGGGACCAGCUGGUCAGCUACAUCUACAAUGGCUUUCUGGUGCCUGUGUUGGCACCGGCCCUCCACAAGGUCAGUAUAAACACAGCAUGGAUCUCAUAGUAUUACAUUCACCAUUCCAGAUCAAUGUCAGAUCAGUCACUACUUCCAGGAAGAUUGGAAGGAAGGAUGCAACGUAUCUGUAUCCAUCCCACUGAUGGUUGUGUGUGUUUCUCUCUAGCUGACCCUGGAGGAGGUGAUGACCACCACGGCCUAUCUGGACCUGUUUGUGCGGUCGGUGUCGGAGCCGGUCCUGCUGCAGACCUUCCUCUCCUUCAUCCUCCUCCACCGCCACGAGAACGUCCACAUCCUGGACACGCUGGUCAGCCGCAUCAACACACCCUUCCAGGUAACUUCCACAUCCUGGACACGCUGGUCAGCCACAUCAAUACACCCUUCCAGGUAACUUCCACAUCCUGGACACGCUGGUCAGCCGCAUCAACACACCCUUCCAGGUAACUUCCACAUCCUGGACACGCUGGUCAGCCGCAUCAACACACCCUUCCAGGUAACUUCCACAUCCUGGACACGCUGGUCAGCCACAUCAACACACCCUUCCAGGUAAUGUGUGUGGUUGUGUCAACAACCCUUUUCAGAUCCGGGAGCCUUCGUACUAGCACACACAAAUACACACAACCACACACAUACAGUUACAAAACGUAUUGAGUACUGUGCAUAUAUCAACCUAGAGUCUCCUAGUAACACAGGAGUAGUCGCCAGGUUAAAUCUAUACAAGAUAGCCAGGCCGCCUCAACCUGACGUAAAUUAGGAGCUUUAGAAAGUUGUCUGUGAAUCUUUCUGCUAUGCUGUGAGUCAUAUUUUUAAAAAAUGGAGACUUGUUUUGUAGAUAAAUAGUUUCCCCUGAAGCCCCGUUUCCUAUUAAUUGAAAGUAAUAUUUAAAAUGUAAAUAUCAAAGAGAGCAGAUUGUUGCCAUGGAAGUGCGCAAUAACUAUAUAAUUAGUCGAUGGACUGAUAAUACAAGGCCAGUAAAUAUUAGGAAAUGUAAUGUCUAGUUCAAACAGUUUUGGGGGAAAUUGCUGGAAAGGCUUUAUUCAUUACCAUCAAACAGAGGCUUGUCAAUUGAAACGUUCAAGUGUUCUCUUCACAGGUCUACUCAACUGUGAAAAACGCUCCUGUGCUGCUUUGUACUCUACAGGGUAGAAAACAACACUUCUCUGAUACUUGCAGCCCAUUUAACAUUGAUGGUUUGGAAAAUGAUUUGAUGUUUUUAACAUCACCACAACAACACAGAGCUGGCUCAAAGAACAGUCUUUUAUCUAAAAAAGAAAUCUGUUUAAAAGGCCUUGACAGGAAACAGGUCCCCAACCCUCAUUAUUAGAAGCAGGAAGUACUAUAGCACUGAACCCAAAACAUCCUGUUGGUGAAUUGCCCCAUUCUAAACCCUCAAAUGGACAGACAUUUCCCUACACUUAUCAUUAUUCAGCUGUCAGCAACUCAGACACCUAGGCCUACACCUGUUUCCACACGAUUGAACCUAAUUAAGACAUACACCAUGUAUAAAACAUAACUCAAUAGGGGCCUAGGGGCACUAUUACCUGGUUACAUGCCAACUCUGUGAAUCUUAAAAUACAAGUAUCAUCAAAAGCUGUGACUACAGGCUGUCCAUAGUCACUCUGCAACAUAUAAACAGGUAUGAUGCCAGGUGCCACAGGCAGCCAUUUUGAAUUCAGCCUUGGUUAUCCCUUACUUGUUAAUCCAGCCCUGUGAUGCUUUCCAGUAUUCCAGUCCUCUGAGGCCUUUGUUUCAUCAUCUUGUGAUGUGUUUAUCCUCUUGGUGUUUUCCAGCUGGGUACUGUGUCUCUGGCGCUGUUCCAGACUCUCAUUGGACUAUACUGUGAGGAUGUGAUGCUGCAGCUCAUCUUGAGGUGAGUGGGUGGGGCCUGUUUUCCAUGUUCUAUGCAUGUUAAUGAUGAUGUUAUAUAAAAGAUUUGGGGUGUAUGAUGUCUUUCUCUGUAUACCUAGUUGACGCGUGCAUACACGCACACACACACACACACACACACACACACACACACACACACACACACACACACACACACACACACACACACACACACACACACACACACACACACACACACACACACACACACACACACACACACACACACACACACACACACACACAUACACACACAUUCAGUUUCUCCUCUCAGCUAAGCCUCAUUGUCUUACUGUAAAUCACGGUACAGCUAAUUGGUUUAUAAUGUGAUGAGCCCUUACUCCGCUUUUACUCCUUAACACUCAAAUACAGACCCAUCUGCCUUCUUGGUACAACCACAACCCCCCGUACUCCUCCUCUCCCAACCCCAGUCUCAGUUCCCCCUGCUGGGGCUCCCUAACAGGAUCUACCCCCCUCCUCUGGUUCUCCAGGUACCUGAUCCCCUGUAAUCACAUGAUGCUGAGCCAGAGACGCGUGGUGAAGGAGAGAGACUGCUACUCUGUGUCGGCCGCUAAGAUCCUGGCGCUCACACCCUCCUGCUGCUCCCCCGAACACAGCCCCCCACCCCUCAGACAGCUGGACUCCAUCCUCUGGUCAAAGGGCACAGACAACAGUCCUAACACUGGCACCAUGGGUAAGAUAGGUUCACUGGAGAUUUAUAGCUGGUUCUGUACUUUAUAUAUGCCUAUCACUAGGGCAAGACAGUGUAACAUGCUACAUGCAGAAGUAAAGUGGAAUUAACCCCCUAUUUAACCAGUUGCUUAGUAUUUGACUUGAUAUUUUGAAUGCCUCAAUGGUUCUCAGAGAAUAAACUGUUACUUCUGAAGGAUUUAAACAGUGCAUUUCGAUUUUAACAAUGGGUUUCAUUAUGAUUAUAGGUCGAGAGAUAGACAAUCUAGUUUCCUUUGUUUCAAGUGGCCUGAAUAUUUGUGUUUGGGAUUUUAGGCCAUGUGCUGCAGCUUAGUCUGAGUAGACGAAACGAAUUAAGAUCACAUUUGAUCCUAAUCUGAUUCACCCUUCCCUCUCUUCUGUGUUCACAAUCGCAGCUUCAAUGAGCUCUACGCUGAUCCAAAGUCUUCCACACACAAAAAGUUCCUUCACUGAGUUGCGACUAGUCAUAAGAUUGUUGGUGGCGAGCGCUUUGACCUCAUUUGUGGUGGUGGUAUUUACCAAAAACCAACAAAACACAAACCACACAGCCAAAGUUUUUGAACUGUCUAGAUGUCCAUGAUACAGCCCAUCACCUUGGCAAGGGAACAUGAUAUAGUACAACAGGGUUCGGCAACAGGCGCCCCGCAGGACAAAAUCGGGACGCAAUAUAUUUUUUUGGCCUCCCCAAAUUAUAGUCAUAAUGCAUUAUUCCUAUCCAUUUACUACUUAUCAAGAGUCAUUCAAACAUCUAUCAGUUAUGGUUCUGUAUGAUCUUUACAUUAAAUGUUGUCAGAUUAAAAACAUAAGAGGCCUUAUUAAAAAGUGUUUUAUCAACUCAUGAAAUCUCCUGCUGCUGAAGUAAAUUUAAUCAGUUUAGCCUCCUGUGGUUAAUUGUCAACAUCAUUAGUUCUGCUGUGCGUGAAUGCAGCGCAUUGUGCCAGCCAGGAUUAGUAAAAUUAUUCAUCACACUGACUUGUUCUGUUCCCUAUCUGUAUGUCUAUCUCUCUGUCUAUCUGCCUGUCUCUCUGUAUGUGUCAUGACUUUACUUAUUGUACCCUGCAAGUAACUGGAUGUGCGCACACUACUUUAACAUAUUUAUCAUACUGACUUAUGCUGUCUGUCUGUCUGUCUGUCUGUCUGUCUGUCUGUCUGUCUGUCUGUCUGUCUGUCUGUCUGUCUGUCUGCCUGCCUGCCUGUCUCGUCUGUCUGUCGCUCUGUCUGUCUGUCUGUCCGUCUGUCCGUCUGUCUGUCUGUCUCGUCUGUCUGUCUGUCUGUCUGUCUGUCUGUCUGUCGCUCUGUCUGUCUGUCUGUCGCUCUGUCUGUCUGUCUGUCGCUCUAUCUGUCUGUCUGUCUGUCUGUCUGUCUGUCUGUCUGUCUGUCUCUCUGUCUGUCUGUCUGUCUGUCUGUCUCUCACUGUUAGAUACAUUAUUGACUUGUAGUGCUCCCUAUCUGUCUGUAUUUCAGAGAAGGAGGAGACCGAGGAUGGCUCGGGCUACUCCUGCGUCAUCGGCUCUGAGAUCUACCUGGACGUCAGCUACCUGCACUACCUCUACAAUGCCCGCCUGGGCAUCAGCAGCUGUACCCGGGCCUGCCAGGUGUGGUCGGCCCCCUACGAUGGAGAGGACCCCCCUCCAGAGGAGUACCAGCCCAGUGCCCUGGAGGAGGCAGGGGCCAGGGGGCGCCAAGCCCAGACGGUCAACCCCAAGAAGUCACAUCCACAUCCACGGCCUCAUCCCCCCUGCCCGCCCCAGACCACAGACCCAGCCCCUACUAAUCAACUAGAGCUGGAGUGGGACGAUAGUUAUGAUGCCGGUCCGGUGGUGUCCCCCGAGGCUGCUGCUGCUGCUGAGAGUAGUAGACCUCCACAGCCGCCUGCAGCCGAGCCACCCAAACACAUCCAGGAGAUGAGGAGGACUGCCAUCAUGCUGGUUAAGGGUUCCUACAUAGAGGAGUCCGACUUCCAGGAUGAUGUCAUGGUCUACGACCUUGUGGCAAAGAAGGACGCCCGCGAUACUGUGGAUCGGCGCAGACCCAGCAGGGAGACACAACCGGAAUCUGAAAUGGACUCAGAAUUUAACCUUGAGGAGGACGAUUUCAAAGAAUCCAGUCUGCAGGAGAAGGAUGAGGUCCCCCUCAGCAAUGGCCUGAGUCUUCCACUCCAUCCCACCAACAUGGAGGUCACAAAGGGGUCAAAGGAGGUCAAAGGUCAUGUUGCGGACCAUAACUCCAACCUCCAGAGCCCCUCGGCUACUGAGGUGGGGGACGACCUCAUGGGUCAGUAUGAGGAGCUGAUUCGUACGCUGGGCAGUGGCGAGGUCGGGGCUGAGACCGGGGGGAGCAGCCUUGUGAAAACGGCGGACAAAGAGUUCCGGAAUCCUGUUGUCACCCCCAUGGAGGAGGACGAGGUGGACUUCAGCUCCUUCUCUAUGGAUACGCCAGAGCUGGAGAAACAGCACUCGUCCCUGUUUGGGACCAAGCUCUGCAGUGGGAGCACUAGGAGUCAUUCGGUGCCUUUUACAGGUAAGAUAAAAACAACACUUUCUGAGAAAUAAAAGCCUUAACUAUUGUACAUCAAGGUUUUGUACAAUAUCUUCACCAGGUUUGAAGGUCAUCUCUCUAACACGUGUGAAUAAUUUGCUGAAGAAUCACAACGUGGUGGCUCUUAGCCUUGGUUCUCUCUCUCUUCCUGUGUAGAUUGAAGUUUUAUCUGUCUUACUUGAAGGCUUAUUCUUGAUCUUUAACCAGGUUUGACAGUCUGAGUAAAGAAUCUUUCUCUCUUCCUGUGUAGAUUGAAGUUUUAUCUGUCUUACUUUAAGGCUUAUUCUUGAUCUUUAACCAGGUUUGACAGUCUGAGUAAAGAAUCUUUCUCUCUUCCUGUGUAGAUUGAAGUUUUAUCUGUCUUACUUUAAGGCUUAUUCUUGAUCUUUAACCAGGUUUGACAGUCUGAGUAAAGACUCUCUUUCUCUCUCCCUGUAGGGCCAUUUGUCAGUGUGCUGUUGUCCCGUCUGGAGAACAUGCUGGAUAACUCUCUCCAUGUCAACCUCCUGCUGACUGGUAUACUGGCCCAGCUGGCUGCCUACCCCCAGCCUCUGCUGCAAUCCUUCCUCCUCAACACCAACAUGGUGUUCCAGCCCAGCGUACGCUCACUCUAUCAGGUACAGAGAGUGUGUGUGUGUGUGUGUGUGUGACUGUGACUGUCACCAGCCAAGUGUCCGAUCCCGCUCCUAGAUUCCAAUAAUUCUGUCACUUUCAGUCUGUCUGAAACACAGUCCUACUGUUAAGAUACUCACCAUAGACACUGCAAUGCACUCCUACUCAAAAUAGUGACACAACUCUCUCAGUAAACAUUUCACUCAGUUCCAUUUAGUAAGCAUUAGAGGUGUAAAAACGUCCAAAAAAACACUGUUUGCUUUUCUCCAUCAGCGCUCUGAGCUGUUUAAACCUCUGGAGACUAGACAGACAACCUGUUAGAAGUUAGAGAGGAGGGAUCCGUUACGAAUAGUAUUAGUUAGAGAGGAGGUUAUGAAUACUAUGUUUACGUCCCAAAUGGCACCUUAUCCCCUAUAUAAUGCACUACUUUUAACCAGAGUCUUAUGGACCCUGGUCAAAAGUGGUGCACUAUAUUAGGGGAUAGGGUGCCAUUUGAGACGCUAGGGGAUAGGGUGCCAUUUGAGACGCAGGCUAUCUGCGAGCGUACACUUAAUGUGUCAAUGAAAACAGAGUUCAUAAUGGCUGUGAAACAAGUCUCUAGUGAGACGUUAACACCGUGUUUCUCUCUGCUGCUGGCUGAUUCAUGCAUAAUUGAAUAGAGGAUGUGUAAACAAGUAAAUCAAAAUGGAAUGGGGCCGUUUGAAACCUCGCAUUAAAGGGAAUGUUUGGAUGGGGAUGAAAGGGGAAGGCGAGUUGUUGAUGUACAAACACUGGGUACUUCAUUUUCAUUAGGGUCCAGAUUAAAAGAGCUGGAUUGUUUGUCAUGGAGAUGAAUGCGGUUUGGUUCUCUCAUCAUCAGUGUGUCCUGUCUUGUUUAAUGUCCUUGUUUUGUCUGGUUUAUGGCUCUGGUUUUGUUUUCAAUCAUGUGAGAUGCUUUUAUGCAAAAGCUACCCGUUUUACACCUGAUAGUGUGUAUACAGUGGGGAGAACAAGUAUUUGAUACACUGCCGAUUUUGCAGGUUUUCCUACUUACAAAGCAUGUAGAGGUCUGUAAUUUGUAUCAUAGGUACACUUCAACUGUGAGAGACGGAAUCUAAAACAAAAAUCCAGAAAAUCACAUUGUAUGAUUUUUAAGUAAUGAAUUAGCAUUUUAUUGCAUGACAUAAGUAUUUGAUACAUCAGAAAAGCAGAACUUAAUAUUUGGUACAGAAACCUUUGUUUGCAAUUACAGAGAUCAUACGUUUCCUGUAGGUCUUGACCAGGUUUGCACACACUGCAGCAGGGAUUUUGGCCCACUCCUCCAUACAGACCUUCUCCAGAUCCUUCAGGUUUCGGGGCUGUCGCUGGGCAAUACGGACUUUCAGCUCCCUCCAAAGAUUUUCUAUUGGGUUCAGGUCUGGAGACUGGCUAGGCCACUCCAGGACCUUGAGAUGCUUCUUACGGAGCCACUCCUUAGUUGCCCUGGCUGUGUGUUUCGGGUCGUUGUCAUGCUGGAAGACCCAGCCACGACCCAUCUUCAAUGCUCUUACUGAGGGAAGGAGGUUGUUGGCCAAGAUCUCGCGAUACAUGGCCCCAUCCAUCCUCCCCUCAAUACGGUGCAGUCGUCCUGUCCCCUUUGCAGAAAAGCAUCCCCAAAGAAUGAUGUUUCCACCUCCAUGCUUCACGGUUGGGAUGGUGUUCUUGGGGUUGUACUCAUCCUUCUUCUUCCUCCAAACACGGCGAGUGGAGUUUAGACCAAAAAGCUCUAUUUUUGUCUCAUCAGACCACAUGACCUUCUCCCAUUCCUCCUCUGGAUCAUCCAGAUGGUCAUUGGCAAACUUCAGACGAGCCUGGACAUGGGCUGGCUUGAGCAGGGGGACCUUGCGUGCACUGCAGGAUUUUAAUCCAUGACGGCAUAGUGUGUUACUAAUGGUUUUCUUUGAGACUGUGGUCCCAGCUCUCUUCAGGUCAUUGACCAGGUCCUGCCGUAUAGUUCUGGGCUGAUCCCUCACCUUCCUCAUGAUCAUUGAUGCCCCACGAGGUGAGAUCUUGCAUGGAGCCCCAGACCGAGGGUGAUUGACCGUCAACUUGAACUUCUUCCAUUUUCUAAUAAUUGCGCCAACAGUUGUUUCCUUCUCACCAAGCUGCUUGCCUAUUGCCCUGUAGCCCAUCCCAGCCUUGUGCAGGUCUACAAUUUUAUCCCUGAUGUCCUUACACAGCUCUCUGGUCUUGGCCAUUGUGGAGAGGUUGGAGUCUGUUUGAUUGAGUGUGUGGACAGGUGUCUUGUAUACAGGUAACAAGUUCAAACAGGUGCAGUUAAUACAGGUAAUGAGUGGAGAACAGGAGGGCUUCUUAAAGAAAAACUAACAGGUCUGUGAGAGCCGGAAUUCUUACUGGUUGGUAGGUGAUCAAAUACUUAUGUCAUGCAAUAAAAUGCAAAUUAAUUACUUAAAAAUCAUACAAUGUGAUUUUCUGGAUUUUUGUUUUAGAUUCCGUCUCUCACAGUUGAAGUGUACCUAUGAUAAAAAUUACAGACCUCUACAUGCUUUGUAAGUAGGAAAACCUGCAAAAUCGGCAGUGUAUCAAAUACUUGUUCUCCCCACUGUAUCAAUACUCUUGGCAUCGAAUACGUAAAGCGUAUUGGCUUAAUUCAGUCAAAACAAAUGUAAACUUUCUUUGAUAAGUCAUCUUGCGCUGUGGAAAUGAAAUGAUUGGAUUCAUUUUUCUCAAUAGACCAAUAAAAUGUUUCCUGUGUGCAAAAAAAACAACGUAAUUAAGCAUGGUUACCUCAUUGAUCCACCAUCUUGUUUCAAUGUAAGCUCGCGAGAUCAGGAUAGUCGAACGAGACUAACUCAUUGUAGCUUUAAUAAAAUAUUUAUCCUGUACUCUCCGUGCUCUGGCAGUAAAGUCUUCACACCCCUUUACUUUUUCCACAUUUUGAUGCGUUACAGCCUGAAUUUAAAAUGGAUUAAAUUGAGAUUUUGUGUCACUGAUCUACACAAAAUACCCCAUAAUAUCAAAGUGGAAUUUUAUUAGUAGAACAUUUUCAAAAUUAAUAAAAAAUUAAAAGCUGUAUUGAGUCAAUAAGUAUUCAACCCCUUUGUUAUGGCAAGCCUAAAUAAGUUCAGGAGUAUAAAUGUGCUUAACAAAUCACAUAAUAAGUUGCAUGGACUCAUUCUGUGUUCAAUAAUAGUGGUUAACAUGAUUUUUCAAUGACUACCCCAAACAUACAAUUAUCUGUAAGGUCCCUCAAUCGAGUAAUGAAUUUCAAGCACAGAUUCAAAGACCAGGGAGGUUUUUCAAUGCCUCGCAAAGAAGGGCAUUGAUUGGUAGAUCAAAAAAGCAGAUGUUGAAUAUCCCAUUGAGCAUGGUGACGUUAUUAAUUAGGCUUUGGAUGGUGUAUCAAUAUACCCAGUCACUACAAAACUACAGGUGUCCUUCCUAACUCAGUUGCCGAAGAGGAAGGAAACUGCUCAGUGAUUUCACAAUGAGGCUAAUGGGGAUUUUAAAACAGUUACAGAGUUUAAUGGUUGUGAUAUGAGAAGGCUGAGGAUAGAUCAACAACAUUGUAGUUACUCCACAAUACUAACCUAAAUGACAGAGUAAAAAGAAAGAACCUUGUACAGAAUAAAAAAUAUUCCAAAACAUGCAUUCUGUUUGCAACAAGACACUUAAGUUAUACUGCAAAAAAUGUGGCAAAGAAAGGAACAUUUUGUCCUGAAUACAAAGCGUUAUGUUUGGGGCAAAUUCGACUGAGUACCACUCUUCAUAUUUUCAAGCAUGGUGGUGGCUGCAUCAUGUUAUGGGUAUGCUUGUCAUCUGCAAGGACUAGGGAGUUUUUUAGGAUAAAAAUAAACGGAAUACAGCUAAGCAUAGGCAAAAUCCUAGAGGAAAACCUGGUUCAGUCUUCUUUCCAACAGACACUGGGAGACUAAUUCACCUUUUAGCAGGACAAUUUAAAAAAACACAAGACAAAAUCUACACUGGAGUUGCUUACCAAGACGACAUUGAAUGUUCCUGAGUGGCCGAGUUACAGUUUUAACUUUAAAUCGGUUUGAAAAUCUAUGGCAAGACUUGAAAAUGACUUUCUAGCAAUGAUCAACAACUAACUUGACAGAGCUUGAAUAUUUUUUAAAAUAAUGGGCAAAUAUUGUACAAUUCAGAUGUGCAAAGCUCUUAGAGACUUACCCAGAAAGACUUCCAACUGUAUUUGCUGCCAAAGGUGUUUCUAACAUGUAUUGUCUCAGUGGGUGAAUACUUAUCUAAUCAAGAUGUAUUAGUGUUUUAUUUUUCAUAUUUUUGUUUAUAAAUGGUAACAUUUUUCUUCCACUUUGACAUUAGAGUAUUUUGUGUAGAUCGUUGACCAAAAAUUACAAUGAAAUCAAUUUUAAUCCCACUUUGUAACACAACAAAAUUUGGAAAAAGUGUGAAUACUUUCUGAAGACACUGUAUUUCCCUUAAAAAUGCCUACUGUUCAAUUACUGUCUGAUGUUCUACUGAUGUUACUAUGUAUGUGUUUCCAUAUCAGGUACUAGCCUCCCUUAAGAACCAGAUAGAGCAGCAGGCCUCGACCAAGAAGGACUUCCCAGAGCUGAUCACCUCCGCCCAGCACUGCCUCCUGGCCAGGGAGAGUUCACUCAAGGGUCAAGGUGAGACUUGAUUGACUACAGUACCCAUAAUGCUCUGUACUACAUAUACAGUUUCAUGUUAGUAAAGAUGUUCUGAAGCUAACGUGAUGGCUUCCCUGCAAGGAUACAUAAAGUGUUUAUAACAACUGUAUAACUGUGGACUGUUACUUACUGGUAGUAUAAAUGUUUUGUUUGAAGAGACGUUGUUCAAUGUUGAACUUAUUGUGAGUUAUCCUAUGAUCAUCAUUAGAAUGUAAUUUAGGUCUGUUUUGUAGCUUAUAGACAUAGAUAGCCAGGUCAUUGAGAUGAGAAUAGAAAUAGGCAAAGCUUACAGAGGAUUUGAGGCAAUAUCCUAGAUCAGAAGACCAGUAAUUAGCCAUGUAAUAACGCUGUUUUCUAAUCGCUGCAAUGCAAUGAAGCACCACUGAAAGAUUAAAACUGUAUCUGUGCUUAAUUUGUGAUGUGUUUGGUUCCUCGAGGACUUAGAGAAUAUAUUCAGCUUGGUCUUGUUGUGGGCAUGAAGCACUGCAGCAAUGGAGAAACAACUCAGGUCCUCCUGAUGUUCUUCAUCUCAUACUUGUCUAGUCUACUGCAUUCCCAAUGGUUUCUCCCCUCCAUUUUAUCUGAGAACUUUCUCUCUGAGCAAGGAAUGUAUUGGUAUGAGAUUGCAUGAGGUUUAAAAAGGAAAAUGAGACUGAUAUAAAAGGGAGAAUUUCUUCUUUCAAGUGGGCUAACAUGAACUUGCUACAACGUCCAACUGCAGUUAAAUGUUACUUAUCCUCUACAGAUACAAACAGUGGAGACAGCAGUGAAUGUUCCCCCCUGGAGGCAGGAAGGAUGAUGAAGAGCUCUCCUCCUCCCCAGCCCAAGACCAUUUCCCUGGCCAGGACCGAGGUCUUCGCUACCGUCCUCUUCACAGAGUUCCUCAAAGAACUGGCGGCUAUUGCACAGGAGCACUCCAUACUAUCGCACGUCCCUAUGGAGGAGUAACGAUAUAAUAACAUUGUAAUAAUGUUAUAAUAACGUUAUUAUAAUGUUUUAAUAAUGUUAUGGUAAUAUUGUCUCACAGGGAAGGAGUGAGUGUCUGUCCCUGACUUGUUGUGUCCACUCGGGUCAUUUUAAACAUUUUUUAAAAUACUCUAUGAAAAUUGUUCAUAUUUUCCAGCACUACUUGAUGAAGAAGACGAUACCUCUUGGAUUGAUUCAAUCGUCUUUAAUCUCGCUCCCUGAGGUAGUUUUUAAAUAGGGUUAUAUAUAUAUUUGAGGCUAAUAUAUUUUUCCAAACCAAUAUGUAAAAACGUUGGGCUCUGAUGUACAGUAACACAUAACUUACAGGAAUAUCUCACCCAUUUUAUGCAUUUGCCGCUGAUAGACUCAUAUGUAUAUGGCUCCGCCCUCAGAGAGUUGUAUGCAUAGGCCUAUGUCACAUCCAAGGAGCAGGUCAUGUGAUUUAUAAUAACUGACCUACUUUAAGCCUUUGGUGGAAGCCCUGCACCAACCAAUAAGAAUGCUGAAAUGGAAGUUUGGGGCUAAUCAACCAAAGACUGAAUAGAAUGGAACAGGCUGAACGGAACAAUGGAAAAUCAAUGAUACACAAAGGAUACAUAAUCUGUCCCUUUAGGCUUUUAGACAUACAAUAUUGCAUUCAUAAACAUCAGUGUACUGCUCUGGUUGCAACAGCCUCUCCAGUGAACCAGCUCUAGUUGUCUUGUAGUGAUGGCCACCAUACAAUGGGGACUUACUUAUACGUGGCCUUACGGUGGUGCCGUGUCGACACCCUGGGAUUGCAUGCUGUACUGGAUACAAUCAGGAGCCUAUUUUUCAGGAUGUCUCCCUGCGGCGUAUUCAUCACUAAACAAAUCACAUUUUAUUCGUCACGUGCUCCGUAAACGACAGGUGUAGACUAACAGUGAAAUGCUUACUUACGGGCCCUUCCCAUCAACGCAGAGAGAAAGAAAAUAGUGUAAUAAUAGAAAUGUAAUAACAAAUACACAAUGAGUAACGCUAACUUGGCUAUAAACGCUAGGUACCAGUACCGAGUACACUAGCAGCAGCACAAUAAA